CUUCCUGGAGGGGAUUGUUUUUGUAUGGUAGCUCGUCAGACUUUAUUUAGUUUUGCCUUUGUAUCACAAGUAACUCUCUACUUUCGCUUCUCUUAUUUUUAACUAUACUUCGAUAUGUGUUUCGUCUCGUUGCCAUACCAACGACAGCUAAACCGGUAGCUAGCUAGCUAGCUGGUUCGCGAGGGUUACAGUUCAACAGCUAACGUUAGCAACAAUCAAUCAAUCAGGAUAUCGCCGGUGUAUUGCGGUGAAUCGGUCCUUCAACUGGGCAACCUGAUGCAACUUGAUGGAGGACUACGACACGUUUGUGCAGCUUCGCCUCUCUCCGAGGAAAAGUGAGGAGGAGGAGGAACACAGCGCACCUCCACCUGCAUCUUCUCUGAUCCGCUUCUAUGGACGAGCCAUCCUUCCUCCCCUGCUCACAGGGACGCAGAGAGAAGAGAUGCAGCGACUCAGAGAUGCAGCGCAGAGAGCGGCUGUCCAGAACAAGUUAAAGGAUUAUUCAAGAAUGGCCUAUGUUCAAACUAUCCUACGCAGUGUUCAGAUAAGGAAGACGCCGACACUAGAAGAGUUGCUUCGCGAGUCUGAGAUUAACACCCCAUCUUCACACGCCCAUAACACCAUUGGUGGUGGAGCUGUUUCCCAGAGCAAUUCACGCAUAGGAACAACGGAUAGUCAUUUGCUCUCACCCCCAACCGGAAGGAAAGAAAAGGAAGAUGAUUCUCUCCCUCCGUUGACAUCAACUACAGAUAGUGAUUUGUUUGCCUCAAAUGUGACACCUCAGCAAAGUUCCCAGGAAGAAUGCCUUAUUGAGCAACAGUACAGCCAGCAGGGCUCACAGCCAAUCCACCAGUCGGUGUCCUCUGGCUAUGUGACCUACGAGAAUGUUGAGAACACCACCAGUGUCUCUGGAAGGGUUGAUGCAGAGAGACAGAGCCAUGGCGUUACAUCCUACGAGGAAGCUAAUAAUAUAAAUAAUAAUAUGGAUGGCUUUUUCCUUCACAACACUUCAAACACAAUCGCCAAGAUGCCAGAUAUCAUUAACUACCCACCCAUAGAUGGAGAGGAAUUGGAAAGGAGUGGACUGGAGUCCUCUUUUUGUAAUAGCUUAAUACUUGUACAAGACAUUUGUUGCACCUUGCUCAAGGAGGAUUCAGUCAUAUGUUCCCCUUCACGAGGAGAGAAUUCUGAAAGCAGCCCUCUGGACAGCCCAGAGGGCGGAGAUAACCUUCCCUUCAGCACAGUGCCUGACGUUGACAAAGAUCACAAUGUGGAGAGGAUUGAUGGCCCAGUCUCAUCAGCAGAAAACAGUGGCCUUACAGACGAUCUAGAGUUAUCGCAGACAUUAAGCACCCAUCACAGUCCAACACCAGAGUUGCAUAUUCAACACGACGCCACAGAAUCCGACCCGGCGGACAACCGUGCAGAAGAAGCAAAUCCAUCCGAGGAGCCUUAUCGUCUGAGCCUCCAGGCCUUGCUAAAGAAAUCUCAGGAGUAUCGGCGGUGUCAGCGCUCGCUUCGGAACCAAGCCAAAAACACUAGAAUUCAGGAGAGGACCCAAGAACAGACGAGGGAGGAGGAGCAGAGCCUCUCUGAUAAGGAGAAUGACGAGUUCCCUGACAAAAGGACCGUGGCCACAGAGGGGGGGGAAACUAAAGAGAGCAGAGGCCCUUUUAUCCUGCCUGCCGAAACGUCGGCAAAGAAAUCUGUGAAAAAUGAGAGGAUGUUUGAGAUUGACUCCACCUUUAAAUCUGAAGGCACACAUUUACUAGGAGAUGGACAUUCUAAGGAAAACACUACUGUUGAGGAAGAAACAGUCUUCACAAAUAAUACGCUUAACGUUUCACAAGAGGUCAUAACGGAGCCGAAACAAAUCAGCACCUCCCUUCUCCAACAGCCCACAUCGACCUCGCCUGUCCAGGCAGCCUUUUACUUGACCAGCUGUCCUGCAGCUUUUUAUAACGGUUUUGGGAAAUAUCACAGUAUCCCAGCCCCUAAUUUCUGUCAGAGUCCCGUGCGUUUCAAGCGCAGAAGCAGAAUCCAAGAUGAAGAAUCUCUCGAUGGGGCUAAGACCUCGAAGAAAGUCUCGGUCGAGACCGGUUCGAUUGAAGACCACGAGGCCCGAGAAGUGAACCUGGGAUGUAACGGUCCCACAGCAGUUCCUCCCACGGUGAAUCUCACGGUACACGGUGAUGCAACAAGCAGCUUAGUCAGGAAUUCACAUCACAUAGAUCAGCUUGAGUCCAAUCUGUCCAGUUUGAAAGUACUGAUCUCGGAUCUGGAGUCCUCCCUCACGGAAAACGUGGAAAAUCACGAGCAGACUGAGAGCGAGACGCAGAGUAAGUUGAGUUUCAAAGGCAUCGAGCACUCUUGUCACAGUGAUUGUGAGUAUUGCGCGAACAAAGUGAGGGAUGAUGACGACGAUGAUGAUGGCGGCGAUAGCAACGACGCAGAACGAGACAAUGGGUACGCGGAGUGGCAGAGAAGACUAUCAUCCGACAAUUUCAACAAAAUGCAGGAUGAUACAGGACCCGAACCGAGCCGAUGGGACACAGACGACGAUACUCUCACGGUGAAAGAAACCGAGGCGGUUGACGUAACCGAGCUCAGGCUCGUCAAAGCCUCAGCGACAGAGAGAGGGAAGGAGCAGGGCACAUGUGGAGAAGGACUCCCGAAGACUCACGGGCAGCACGGCGGCAGUAGAAAGCCGACAGCCAAACGCAUCCUCUCCGUAACGCAGCGGCAGCGAAUUCCCGACGCCUUCAGAAACGCCCCGUCGGCAAACGCGGCUCCGCGUAGCGUCUCGGUGCUUUCGGACACCGGUAACCGUCCAGGAGAAAGCAGGACCGGGCCGGCAGGAGAAGGUCACGACUCGACCCAAUCGCCGUCCCUCAACCAGUCGUACGACGUGAACGCGCCGUCCGGCCUGUGGCUCCUCGGAGGCUCGGGAUCCGACGGGGGGCCGAAGGGUCGUCUCGUUCAGGAGAAACGCCUGACCCCCGAGAGUGGGGGCGAGGGCGGGGCGUCCAAGGUCAAACGGAGGCUGCUCAUGCACACGGCGGAGGAGACAUGGGACCGGAGGGUGGAUGCCAGCAGAGGAGCAGACUCUGUGGUCAGACCUCACUCCAGCACUCCUAGAGCCGCCGCGCCUUCGUACCACGGCGGUCAAGAAGACAAGCAGGAAGAACUGAAACGGGCCCACGCCGCUCAGGUCCGAGCCCUGCAAGAAGAGCACCGGAGACAACAAGAAGAGCUCCUGCAGGCAUUGGCAGUGCAUUACCGCCACCGCCAAAGCGGAUCCUUUCCUUGCUCCAUCUCAACCUCACAUUUUGGGGACAAGUUGACCUCUUCCGCCAUCGCUCAGCCCCCCGGCUCACUCUCGGAGCUCUACCGCCCCCUGCUGUCAGCCGCCGUGAAGGGCUUUCUGGCUCGCAGGCUGCUGAAGACUGAGCAAGUGGCACAGCUGGUGCGCACCAUCGGGGACACAAAUCAGGUCCUGCUGGCUCUCCAGCGGCAGAGCCCCGGCAGAGGAGAGUUCUCGAGCAGACAGGAUCUUUUAUUACAGGAGAGAGUCACUCUGCAGCUGCGCGCCGCACGGUACGAGGUCCACGACAUCUUCUUCAGCCUGUCAGCCGGAGAGAGGAUGGAGCUGAUCAGCUGGGACAGAGAACUGGCCAAGAAGAGGGCGCUCAGACGGCAGAGUGGAGACACAGGCCAUCUCAGAAGAAAGAGUUAUCUAUCAACUGCAACACAAAAAUCACUGGAAAGAAAGAGAGGAAUGAUGAUCCAGAAAAAGGCGUCAGAAAGGCACACAGGAGUUGUGACGAGGACCGGACACAACACCGGGCUCUCUGCCGAGCAGCCGCCGGACACCAGACGAGGACAGUUCAGAGCAAACCCUCAGAGGGUCCCUAAGAGCACCUGCUCCUCCAGACCCCGAUGACCCUUUCCUAAUCGGCCCCAGUGAGAACUCCCUCUCUUGUGCUUACCUAAAUAUUAUAAAAGUAAUAAUUUGAGAGUUUCUGUUUCACACAAGGGCGAUGCCGGUUGCUGACGAAUGUAUCUUUGUAUUUAUUAUCUGGUGUGCUCUGACAUUGUUUACACUCUACAGCCAGGGGGUAACAAAGUGAUGGUAGUUCCACUAUUCCACAACAAAGUGGUUUCACAUUGAGUGGAUAUUUAGAUUGGGAUAAAAUAUAUAUACCACAUCUGCACCAGUUUACUAAUGUUCAGAUGUCAGUUGGACAGUUAGUUGUCCUACAAAGCUCUGUGCAGUGUACCUGAAAGAUGCUGUGUUUCAGACUCACAGCAGACAUUAUGAAGAUGAGUUAACGCAGGAAAAGAUGCAAUGAAUAACACAAAUGGUGCCUCAAUACUAUUUUGGAUAUCAAGUAAGGAUUGCUCUUUGGCUAACUGUACACAACUUGUAGACAUGCAGCCUGCAACCAGGGUUGAGAGUUGAGCCUGAAGUAAGCCCUGGCCAUGAGCCAGCAUGCUCAACUUCAAGACUCAGGGACCAAACUACCUACUGGAAUGCAGUGAUGAUUAAAAUAGAUGAAUUACUCCUCAAAAUGUCUCCUGUGGAAAGGAUCUGUUAUUUAUUCAGCUGUGAGUGUUGUUCCAUUUGUCGACGGUUCAAUCUCUACUUUGAGGGUGAAGUUCUACAUUGAAUUAGUCUUUUGCGUCAAAUUGAUGUGCCUUGUUCAUUGCCACCAGAACAGGUGUAUUGGCACAAGUUAAUUUUUUUUAAAUAGGAAAUGUACACAUUUUAGUGAAGGACAGUGUGCUUACUUUUUCAGAAAUGUUAAUAUGCAGCUUGAGAUUUGAGUUACAGUGAGUCUGCUGCCUUUAAUAUAUGUCCUAGUGUCUUGCGAUCACAUGUACGUUUUUAUUUUAUUUUUUAGAGACUUUGGACCUGUUUUGUAUGUUAUUUAUUUGUAUGUUGUGUGUAAUAAAUGUUUCUUAAAACAGAA